GCACUCGCAGAAUUUGACGAUGCAGCUGAUAACACUCAGGCUGCAACCAUAAAUGUUUACCAUGACUAGGCAUGAGUUUCAACGUUCAAAGUUUCCACAACUCGAACGUUUGACGUUUUUAAGGCCUAAAACGUACACGUCUCUGACAAAAAGAAAACGGUAGUCGUAACUGCACAAACAGUUGAAUAUUGCGAUCACAGAAUUGUGGAAAUUCUUCAAAAUCACUGCCUCAGCUACAGAGCUAGUAGCCGGUGUACUUUCAGUUGGGAAAAGAGCCCCGCCGGACUGGAUUUCGAAGGAGGACUUUUGCCGAGUAUUCUCAGUUCCUCUUUGAUCAAAAAUCAGUGCUGCCUACAUUGAAGGUCGGCUCUGAUCCUGCUUAUAAGAGUAAAUCAAGCUGAAGGUAGCAUCGUUGUCUCACAUAACGUUUAAUCGAAAUCAUAAAGAACUAAUGAGUAUGAGGAGAGAUAUAGGCCUACAGAGAACGGUCACCUAGGAGAUAAUGACAUCAGACAACCUAUGCACAAUGCAAAGAUGCACGAUGAUACUGCCAGGCUUAAUCCCCACCGACCGGGACUGCCAAGAGAGUAAGGACCACCCGCGGCCGCCAGCCACCGUAUCGGAACUCUGGGCUGACGCAGAGGAUGAGUUCGCGGACGUCUGCUUCCGCUUUGGUCUGCUCUCUGCAGAGAAAGACUCCUUCGUGAGGGACUUACAUCCAUCGAGAUCACCCGGAUAUCAAGACAGAGGAUGCACUCACACGAAAAGAAUCAACAGGAAGAAACGAACUCACGCGCGGACAUCGUCGCCGGCGUUGCUCACUUGCCGGGACGGGGCUGCACCGACAAACGCCCUCAUCCACCCCCUGCACGGCCGCAGUCUGUUCCGGGAAAAGUCACCACCAGUGCGAAAACGCAGCGAAAACCUCGAGGAAGCCGACACACCCUUGAAGAGAUUUCGUCGAGCUGCGAGGCUACUCCAAAUUUUGCAGCGGGUAUCGAACAGCAUCAUAAGGUUCAGUCGUGACACCCAUCUACCGGAGCUAAGUUCUUUAGCAGGGUUUCAGGACGAUCUUGAUGGCUUGGGAGCUUUGCGGAACUCAGGCCUGGUGUUUGACCCAGCCUACUUCAAGGUCCAAAAAGAGGUCCAGCUUAGCACAGAAGUGAAACGAAUCCUCACCAAGUAUCCAAGCGAGCGAACCGCUGACGAGGUCCAUUUGGCUUUGAUUGCACUGAAGAAUGCUGUACAGGCCUUCGAUAAGUUCCCGAUCAAGAUGCAAGAGUCGCUGGCCAUGGUCGGUUGGUAUGAGAGUUUCGAUGACAAGCGUGUGAUCAUACGACAGGGCCACAAGGCAGAGAGUUUCUACCUUAUGCUCUCUGGCACCUCAGUGGUCACUAUAUCGUCACGUGACACAGAGACGUCAGAGCCUACCGUCCGAAGGGUGGCGUUUUUGAAACGAGGGAACAGUUUUGGGGAGUUGGCACUCAUGCACCACUCGACCAGACAAGCUACGGUGUACUGCGAGGGCACAGUAGAGCUUCUCUCCAUAGGCAGGGAGGACUUCAAAGACAUCUUUAUGCAUCGCAACGAAGGCAUGGAACCAGAGUUUAUCCGCUACCUGCGCACAAUCGACGAGCUGAAGGGAUGGCCAGUGUAUAGACUUCCACACGACAAACCUAGCGUGUGCUUGUUCACUUACUUCCGGCGAGGCGUAGUGAUAUGUAAAGACAGUAACACGUCCGACUGGAUCUAUGUAGUCAAAACGGGGACAUGCCGUGUGCUUAAGAAACUGAAGGCACCAAAACGACUAUUCAAGGCUCGAGCAGAUCUCAUGAAUGUGUUUGAAAUGACCCACUCCGACAAGCAGCAAAGUGCUAAAGUCUCAACGCGGAAGGGCAGUCACCAAUGCUGUGUCUCGCCACCGCCCCGACAAGCCAGAUCCCGGAAAGAAUCCAGCCAGUCCAGCAAGUAUGCCAGGUUGCCAAAUAUAGCACGCGAACCCCAGACAAGACCUGCUGCAUUUUCUGCUCCCAUCUUGCAAGUAGCAUCUGCAGCCUACACAAACGAAGUGGAAACACACCUCAAUGAAAUUCAAGGCAAGAUCGAUCGGUUGCAGUUGGAGCCGCAGGAGUGUGCUUCCCAGGCUGGAGAGAGGGCUGUUUUCAUUCAGGUUCAGAAACUCACAGAGCGAGAAACGUUCGGUUUACAUCCGCUCGUGUUCGGCGAGAGAGAGUGCGCCCCCAGCGUCACACUGGUGUCAGACGGAGCCGAGUGUGUCCUUGUAUCUAAGCGGUUCUUUUUGCAACACCUCAGUGAAGAUCACAAGAAGUCUCUAAGACGAACAUUGCGUCCCUACCCCUCGGAGGCGAGGCUUCAGGAGAAGUUGCAGGAGCAGACAGACUGGGACGAGUUUAAAUUGCACACAAUGCAGAAGUUAAUUGACCGACACAGCCACAAGACACCCCUGCCACACUUCUCUGUGUAACCAUCAGCAUCAUCGGGACUGCUGUACAGGCACUUUUCUACUAAAUUUCAAACUGCGAAGGGAAUUCAGAUUUCGUGUAAGGACAGUAAAUGGCUCAAUGAAGCCCAUGCUCGCUUGACACGGCGACUGCGCGUGUGGGACGCACACGUGUUGCUUGGAAUGACGAGCAAUUUUCAUCAGAAUGUGCACAAGGUCUUAGCGUCGUGCAUCUUGUGACAGUGGCGUUCGAGUGCCUUUUAUUGUCGCCGUUGAGGGCGCACUUGUGCUUGAAGCCUUCAGGGUGCAGGCCGGUAAAUAGGCCGAACACUGCUUGCGCAAGCCAAAUCACAAUUUGUAUGUACUUAAAUUCUCUAUGAAAUAGAGCAUUUUGGUCCAUGAACUUGACGAUUUGAAGAAAUGACUGGUUAAGGCAACCAAAAACAAUGCCAGCUUAUGUCUGAGUGAGAUUUGGAAGAAAUCGGUACCUGAAAACGGUCUAUUUUUGAAGAAGUGUAGGCAUCGAUUUUUCAAAAUUGGCGAGGGGCUUCACGACUGCUUUUUAGUGGUGCCCUUCUGUGAAAAACUGUUGAAAAAACGUGUUCAAAAGUCAUGGUUAAUGAAUGAAAAUUCGAUAAUAAAAUGAAAAAUCAUAAAAUGGAAAAAAAUCUAGUUGAUCUUUGGGAGGAUAGGCCUAUUGCAGGGAUGAGAUUUCUCAGCUUUUAAGCCGAUUUUAGCUUUUUUUUGUUAAUUUGGAUUUCAGCUUUUUUUCCUC